CCCGGCAGCAGGGGCCGCUGUGAGUGCCGCGCUCGCCGCGUCCGCCGCCGCCGCCGCCCUCCGCUCCCGCGCGCGCCGCUGGGUUCCCCGGAGCGAUCAUAAGCUCACUUCUGCACUGUUUUACUGAAGAAUCCAUUAAAAGAGCCAGUGAGUCUUGUAGAAAAUGGCGUUCAGUGAUCUCACGUCGAGGACUGUGCGUUUUUAUGAUAAUUGGAUCAAAGAUGCUGAUCCGAGAGUUGAAGACUGGUUCCUCAUGUCCUCGCCUCUGCCACAAACCAUCAUCCUGGGGAUCUAUGUCUACUUUGUCACAUCUCUGGGACCAAAGCUCAUGGAAAAUCGGAAGCCCUUUGAACUCAAGAAAGUGAUGAUAACGUACAAUUUUUUCAUAGUACUGUUUUCUGUGUAUAUGUGUUAUGAGUUUGUGAUGUCCGGCUGGGGGACAGGUUACUCCUUUCGAUGUGACAUUGUUGACUAUUCUCAGUCACCCAGAGCCAUGAGGAUGGUGCACACCUGCUGGCUUUAUUACUUCUCCAAGUUUAUCGAGCUGUUAGACACUGUCUUUUUUGUUCUGCGUAAGAAAAAUAGCCAAGUGACUUUUCUUCAUGUCUUCCAUCAUACAAUCAUGCCAUGGACCUGGUGGUUUGGAGUCAAAUUUGCUGCAGGUGGCUUGGGAACAUUCCAUGCCUUUUUAAACACAGCUGUGCAUGUGGUCAUGUAUUCCUACUAUGGACUGUGUGCAAUGGGGCCGGCCUACCAGAAGUAUUUAUGGUGGAAAAAACAUUUGACAUCUUUACAGCUUGUGCAGUUUGUUCUUGUCACUGUCCAUAUAGGCCAGAUCUUCUUCAUGGAGGACUGCAAUUACCAGUACCCAGUUUUCCUAUACAUCAUUAUGAGUUAUGGGUGCAUCUUCCUGCUACUCUUUCUCCAUUUUUGGUACCGUGCUUAUACCAAAGGUCAGAGGUUGCCCAAAACUAUAAAAAAUGGAAAUUGCAAGACCAAGCAUCACUAAAAUACCUGCCAGCCUUGAUUUACAAUUGAGACUGAUAUGUUGCCUUCCUCGACAAUCAAGAGAUACUUGCCUAUGCAGUUCAUUCUGUAUAUUUUUCCAAAACCAAGAGCUUGUAUUUUUAUGAUAAGUUAUUUGGGUUUCUGACCUUUGAGAGUCCAAAGCUCCCAGAUAAGUCUUCUCAGUGGACGAGCCUGGAGCAGCCAGGAGGUUUCCUGUUGCCUUUCAAGCUAAUCAAAGGUCUUAAUACAUUUUGCUACAGUGAGAGGAGGAUAUGAAGUAAUGUAGUACUCUUCUAGGAACUCCAGAAUAGAUGAAAAAUACUAGCUAUUUUGAACAUGGACAGAGAUCCUGAGUAUGACAGAUACCUCCUGCCUGGUCCUGGAAACCUCUGAUUGUGAGUUCUGGCCCUGUCACUCAUUCCUUGUGUUCAGAAGACAUUAUCAUCACUCUAGGGCUCAGUUCCCAAUCUAAAGUGCUAACACAGGUGAAGCCUAAGUGAAUUUUUUUUCAUCAGCUCUCGUCUUAAAUUGUUAAUGGUGAGUUUGAAUGGGUCUUCUGAGAGGUCGCCACCUGGCCUGCCAAUCAGACCUCCUCCCAACAUGUGUAUAAGCUGUUGGAGGGAGGGAGGCAGCAUCUGCACUGAUGCCAUUGACACUAGGGUGAAGGUAACGUUAUGUUUCAGACAAGAUGGUUUGCUUCAACAGGUCAAUGAACACUUUGCUAACAACGAUGAUUCUACAAUUAACUUUGUACAUGUCCGAAAAGAGCGAUGGGUCAAUGAAAGAAAGCACUGUUAAUUCCGUGGGGGAACAUUGCAGUCUGUUGUUGUAUAAUGUCACUCUCUGAUAUGUCAUGGUUUAAAGGAUUGUCUUGCCUAAGUAUGUGUUAAUUAGAUAUUUAAUUGUUCAUAUUUAAAGGACUAGCUUACCUCAGGUGCCUUUGAAUCACAAAUUAAUCUUUGAAAAGCUACUAUGCAAAGUAGCUUAGGAAGUAACUGGAGUUGGGUGGUGCUGAGUAUUUGAGGUAAGAUUUGGUUACAUAAACAAGGGCUGUUAGAUUUUAAGAGACAAAGACACUACAUUGUGAUUGUGGUUUCUAUAUAUUUUGUGUUGUGGGUACAGUGCAUGAAGAAAUAUUUCCAGAAUCAUGAAUUAGACAGGAUUUCCUUUUUUUUUUUUUUUUUUUGACCUUUAAGCCAUGUUGUGAAGAGCUGGAAUUCAUGUGGAAUUUUCCCCCCUUUAAAAUUGCUAUUUUCUAGAUUUUUUUUUUUCUCAUCGUUAGAGAACCAGAACUACUUAGCAAUACUUGGACAUUUGUGAAGCUGUCGAUAUUAUUUCCUUUUCCUCUUUGAACAACUAUUUACGUGCGAAUGGCUUCAAAAUCAGCAUGACAGCCUUGGUCACCUGUACCACACUGUUCUGCUCACUUUCCAACAAAUCCUGGUUCAUCACUGACCAUGAACUCUGGAGUUUUGCCUGCUCUCUCCUGAUCCAUUACUCUGAACCAUGCUUUUGUCUCCACAUUGACUUAAUUUAUAAAGUCUUUUGCCAUUAAGUGGCCUUUAGUGAUUCCACUUGCUUACAGUGAGAAGCAGAGGAUAGCAGGAAGAUUUUCAUACUUAAAAAAAAAAAAAGUAACAGACAAGCGGAGCUGAGGGGAAAGGAUGCGGAUGGCGCUAGUCUGUCACAGGGGCUGUCUCAGGGAUCCACCUUUUUCUGUCUUGACUCUGUGUGCCUGUGUUAAAGUGGGGGACUGAGGUAGGUGCUGUCACACACACAAGCAAUUCCCAAAGACUCAAGUAGAGCAAAGACCCAAAGGAACUGAAAAUAGAAAAUAAAACAGGGGACUCUGAUUUGCUCUCCACUUAUAUCACACACCCUCUCCUCCUCCUCCAAGUAUUUAAACGGACUAGGGGAGGGGCAUGGGAGAAGGGGGACGGAAGGUGAGGUUGGGCGGCAUGAGGGAGGAGGAUACGGCUGGGAUACAAAGUGAAUACAUCAUAAUAAAUGAAAAAUAAAUAAAAGGAAAAAAAUGUUUGACAUAGCUAUGGACUCAGAGCAACAUUGUGACACACCACAACUAUAUGAAUGAAGGCAAGGAGGUGAAAUGUUAUAUGGAAACAGAUUUUGGUUGGCAGAUGAUGUUCCCCGUGGAAGCCUCACUACAUCAAAAUGAAUGUCACUGUUUGUGGAGUUUCUGUGGGCAGUGUUUGGUGAAACAGCUUCUAAUGGGGCUUUACCUACUUUUUAGGACUUUGUUGCCUUUAAAUUUGCUUGCUUAAUAAGCAAAAAACCAAAAAAACAAAAACAACCCAGCCAGUAAGUAUAGUUUAUUAUAAAAAUUCUCUGAGUCCUUGGGGACCAAUAUAGAUGUUAUAAAUAGAAAUUUUUAAAUAUCUAUGGGGUGUUGUGAUUUUCUGUCUUCAUACUUAACGAGAACUCUAAGUUGAGUAUACUACCUUGUUUCAUAGUUUGGGAGAUUAGGAUAUUGUAUCCCUUGGUUAUCUCUUAUUUCUGUUUACUUUUGAAGGACUAUGGAGGUUGUGAGAAUUUGGAUUUGUUCUCUGUGCUAUAAUAAAUCUGUGCUAUCA